CGACCCGCGAUUUGCGCGACAAGGCGGAGGUUCGCGCGAACGCGAGAUUUGUGGAGUCGCUCGAAGCUCGAAGAGCCACCGCCGCCAUCUCUAGGUCGAGGCGCAGCAACAGGAUGGGUGUCUAGGAUGUUGCUCCACGCAGUGUUGUUCUGCGUUUUUCUUCUCGAAUGCGAGGAAGACUGGAGUGGAGAGAGAAACGACAAGAAUGGCGCAUCUCUCUUCUUCAUGUUCCUCUUCUCGCUCUUCUCCCCCUCCCGGACCGUUCUACGGACAGCCGUUUCCUUCAAGCGACGCAGAACCGGAGAGAGAGGAGUCACAGGCGAGAAGAGACCGAGAGCAAAAACCGUUUUCUCUUGCCGCAUAUUUCCAAGAAAAGUGGAAGGUCACCACAGAAGCGCGAGAUGGAAAUCCGACUCCGGGAGAACACCGUCCACCCGAUCAUCUCCGCUGCAUCCCUAAGCAUCGGGCGCAUCGGCAUGCUCUCUCUCUCUCUUGUUCGUCUGCUUCCUGCUCGUCCUCCGCAUCUUCUUCCGCUUCUUCUCCCGCGUCCUCCUCGUUCUCUGCUUUCUCUUUCUCCUCCUCUUGUUCGUCUUCUGGGUCCCCUUCGAGUUACCUUUCUCUGUCGAACGUUCUUCCAUGUCCGGCUUUGGUGAAGGCGUACAGGGAAACGCGAGGCAUCACGACGUUGUUUCCUUGGCAGUUCGACUGUCUCUCGCUGAGUCGUCCAGCGUCUCCUUUAUCCCCGGGCGGCCCCGCCGGCGCAUGCAGCUCCCCCCUGAGAGACCUGCAGAUCUGGCCGUCUCGCGCAGACGCCGACGAAGAAGCUCUGUCCUCCGCUUCAUCCCCGGCGAGAGCCGCCAAACCGAAAGCCGCAGACGAAACGGAACAAGAGGAUUCCAGCCGAACUCCGGCGAGGUCGCCGAAGCCUUGGGUUCACCUCCGCCUCGGCAGAGAAGCCACCGCGCGGAACCUUUCGCGCAGUCCAAGUCGCCAUGUGGUGCGAGACCCUCUCACGACGCGAGGCGCUCUCGAGAAGAGCGGAGAGAAGCCGAACGACGAGAAGAGCGGAGAAAAGCCGAACGACGAGACGAGCGGAGAAACGACGAACGACGAGACGAGCGGAGAGAAGCCGAACGACGAGGAUAACGGAGAGAAGAGUGGGGGGGUGCGAGUGUCUCUCUCACAUUUGCCAGUUCGCCGGGUCAUCGAUGGAGGCCUCAAUCUUCUUUACUCAGCGCCGACGUCCGCGGGCAAGAGUCUCGUCGCUGAAGUUCUCGUUUUUCGUCACGUUCUCGGUCUCCUUGGGUGUCCGAUCCGUACCUCGAAACCGUCAGGAGAUGUAUCAACCGCUGCGUCGGAAGAACCAGCAGACGAAGCGGCCUCUGCGAACGCGGAGAAACGGAGACCGAAGCGCCAACGCGUGCUGUCGCCGGGGGACAAAUCCUCUCAUGGCUUCCUUCCACCUUCUGAGACUACCCCGCAGCCGUCUCUUUCCUCUUUAUCUCUUUCCUCUUCAUCUUUUUCUACGCCUUCUCUUCCUACUUUAUCUCUUUCUGCGUCCUCUCGUGCUGCGUCGUUCGCGUUGUCCCCCCCGCGUCGCGCAGCUCUGAUUGUUCUUCCGUUUGUGGCUCUCGUGGAGGAGCAGUUUCGGAAGUUGGCGGCUCUGGCGGCUACUCUUGGAGAGGAGGCUUCUCUGAAGGUUGUGGCGUUCCACCACGGGAGCUCCAGUUCGUUUACUGACGCCUUCGACGUCGCGCUGUGCACCAUCGAGAAGGCGAAUGCGCUCAUCCAGCUCCUCCUCGAGGAAGAGACGCUCGCAGAGAAGAUUGGGCUGGUCGUCGUGGACGAACUGCACAUGGUCGGCGACUCUCAGCGCGGCUUCCUCCUCGAGGUCUUCCUCUCCAAGCUCCUUUGCUUCAACCGCCGCCGCGCAGACCAGACUCAUGCAGCUUUUCGCGGACAGAGAGCGAGGCCUCGCAGCGAAGAAGAGACGCCAGUCGACAGAGGGGCGCCCGGCGAAGGAAGGAAUCAGUUGUGCGAGUGGGCGCAAGGAACCGGGAACGCGGAGGAGGUGACCGACCCCCAGGCGGAGGCGCCUCGCGCCGGCGCAGCGGAAGAGCGGAGGAGGCGAAGACAGCGCGCGGAGGUCGAGACGGAGAGAGAGGAGAGCAGAGAAGACGGACAGGGGCGCGGGGGGACCGAGAUGGUCGAGGCGGGCAUGCAUGGAGCGACAGGAAGGGAGAAGGGAGCUCUUGAGUUGCCAGAGAAGAGACAGGCCGCGUCGCGUCCGCCGAGAUCGGAACAGACUCUGUGGCCUGUGCAAAUUGUGGGGAUGUCCGCCACGCUGGGGAACCUCGACGAGGUCGCGGCCUGGCUCUCAGGUGUCUCCUUCGUCUCCUCCCAUCGGCCUCUGCCUCUGAGAGAAUUCUACUUCUGCUGGGAUAGAAUCAGUCAGGAACCUUUCCUUCAGGAGAAAACGUCUUCCUCUUCGUCUUCCUCGCCUUCCUCUUCUUCCGCGGCCUCUCAUCUGUGGACGCCGGUUCCGUUCCCUAGUGAAGGCAGGGUCCUUCUCUGCAGCGAGGGAGAGAAGAGACACGCGUCGGCAAAGUCAACAAAAACUGCUUCUUCGAACUGUGCCUCUGUGUCUCACUCCUCUUCUCCUUCUUCCUCUUCUCCUUCUUCCUCUUCUCCUUCUUCCUCUUCUCCUUCUUCCUCUUCUCAUUCUUCCUAUUCUCAUUCUUCCUCUUCUCAUUCUUCCUCUUCUCAUUCUUCUUCUCCUUCCUCCUCUUCUCCUUCUUCCUCUUCUUCUGCUUCUGCGCCUCCGUUCCCUCCGCGCCAAGCUGCAGCCUUGUUCUCUCUGUCUCUCCAUUGCGUGCGUCGCGGAGAGAGCGUCCUCGUCUUCUGCCCCACCAAACUCCUCUGCGAAAAAGUAGCCGCCUUCCUCGUUCCGAAACUCGAAGCGACUAUUGCCUCUUCUUACUUCUCGCCUCCCUUGUCCACCCCAGCUCCUCUCUCUUCUUCUCUCUCUUCUCUCUCUUCUCUCUCUUCUUCUUUCUCUUCUUCUUUCUCCUCUUGUCCCCCGCCUGAGACAUGCGUCCGGGAGGCAUGUUCUCUUCGCGGAGCUCUGUUGUCUCGUCUGGCGGCGCGCGAGGGCGGUUCUGUUUCUGUCUCUCCUCGUCUCGCCUCUGCCUUCCUGGCGGGCGUCGCCUUCCACCACUCGGGACUGACUGCCUUCGAGCGCCGAGCUGUCGAGACAGCGUACCGCGCAGGCCUCCUACUGGUGCUCUGCGCGACUUCGACGCUGGCGGCAGGCGUAAAUCUUCCAGCCAAGCGGGUCGUCUUCUUUUCUCCGCAUAUAGGCCGAAACUUCCUCUCCGCCGGCGAGUACAAGCAGAUGGCCGGCCGGGCAGGACGCCUCGGCGCCCUGAGGAGCCGAGGCGUCUCAGAGAAGCAGCGAGAGAACGAUGACGGAGAAGAACAAGUUGGCGGCGCUCGUGGACCCCUCGCCACUGAAGAGGACGCAGGAGGGGAAGCGAUUGUUUUAUGUCGCGAGUUCGAAGAAGAAAAAGUGAGGUUCGUCAUGUCAGCAGGCCUGCCGAUUCUCGAGAGUCCAUUGGCUUCCGAGAGCCACGGUCUGCAGCGGCUGCUUCUCGAGGCGUUGGCCUGCGGAGGCGAGAGCACGAGGCAGUUAGGAGACGCUGAGGAGAAGCCCACUCCGAAGACCGACCGCGGAUGGUUCGGCGGCUCUUGCGCAGAGCUGGUGGAAGUUGCUUCUUGCACCUUGUUGAUGAUUCAGAGGCAUCGACGCAGCCUUGACGCGAUGACUCUCCGCGCACCCUCACUCCGCAUUUCGGCUCCUCUCCUUUCUCCCUGUGCCGCCCUUGGUCUCCCCCCUUCGCCUGCGUCCUCUGCUCCAAGAGACCUUUGUGAUUCUCCAUCGCCUCGCCGCGCUGCGUCGUCCUCGUCUUCCAGUGCUUGUCUCCAGUCCUCUCUGGUCGAGGCUCCUGUUCGGCGCCCUGAGGGCCGACAAGCGAUCUUGCAGUCUCCCGUGUAUCGAGAUGUGAAAGCUGCGAUGCGUUUCUUGCUGAAGAGAGGCCUCGCUCGCUUCUCAGCUUUUCGCGACGCCUAUGAGGCAACCGCCAAGGGUCGCGCUGUCGCGGCAAGUCAGCUGGGGCCUCAAGAAGGCUUCCUCACUUGUGCGCUUCUCGAUCGUCACGUUGACGAACUUGUUCUUUCAAACGACCUCCACCUCGCGUAUCUCGCUGUUCCUCUCCCUCCCCUCCCUCCUCCUCGUUCUCGACCGUCUUGCUCUUACGCUUCUUGUCCCCCUUCUUCUUGCUGCUCUCCUCUCGCUUCUCCUUCUCCGUCCUUUUCUCUUCCUUCUUCUCCUUCCGGUGCGUCGGGUGUUGCGCGUCGGCUGCUGUGCCCCCGUCCGACCUCGCGUUCUGUUGGGUGCGAAGGAACUGCUCAUGGAGAGGCGUCUUCCUCUGAAAAAGCAGAACGACGAGAGCAGCUGAAAGGGGAUGUGGACGGCAGGCGUUUUACGCAGGGAGAACGUGACCUGGCGGAGACCGCGCAAGGAGAUGCCUCGGCUCUCGACAGUAGGCGAAGGGAGGAGGAGCAGCGCGAAGAAGAGGUGAAGACGCGUUUCAAGCGAGAACAAGAGGAGCAGGCAUUCGCUCUCACACGCAAAGAACUUCAGAUCCUGCAGAAAAUCCUGCGAGUCUUUUCGCCUUCAGAAAGCUUCGCGCUCGCAAAACUCGGCCUCAGUCAAGUUGACGUCGAAGCUCUAGACUCUCCCGGAUUCUUGAGAGAUUUCCACUUUUCCCCGCAAAAACGACCUGCUCCCCUCGCCUCCUCUGACGCGUCUUGCGCGUCUUCGUCAGUUUCUUCUUCAGUUUCUUCUUCUUCAGUUUCUUCUUCUUCAGUUUCUUCUUCUCCGCCGACGUCGCUGUCUGCGUUGCAGGAGCGGCGCUGCUUCGUCGUGUGGCGUCUGCGGCAGGCGCUCGUUCUGUGUCUCCUUCUGCAGGGCCUGGAGCCGAAGGCGGUUGCGGCGGCGCUCGCUGUCUCCGGUGGGGUCUCCGCGGUGUCUCUGCUGCACCAGCAGGCGACGCUCAAAGCGGCGAUGACGGCCGUCCUUUGCGCGCGCCUCGGUCUCUGGUCUCUCGCAGAGGUCCUCAGGAGUUUCCAGACCCGCCUCGAACACAGCGGCCUCAGUCUCCAAGUUGCGCCGAUGCUCCGGCUGGGAGUCAGCUCGGCUCUCGCGCGCCUCCUCCACGACCAGUUGGGUGUCUGUACACCCCAGCAGCUCCUCGCUAUCGGUCCGGCGCGCGUCGCGAAGGCGCUGCGGCGGCGUCUGAAGCUGAACGUUGGGAGACCUUCCGGAAGCAGCCGGUCUGUCUCUGCAGGCAGCGCGGCAACGUCGGACGCAGCCAAGGCGAGAGGGGAGGCAAAGGGAGGCCGAGAAGACAGAGGCAUCUUCGACGAAAGAGAGGGAACUCGGACGCGAGAGAAUGCAGAGAGAGAUCAGAAGAGCCUUGGCAGUUCAGCCUCGGGUCCUUCGGCUCUCUCCUUCUUGGCUUUUUUCCACGCCGACCGCGCCGCUGCGGAAGUGACAGCUGACUUGUUCGCUCAAGCGCGAAGAGCAGUCCUCUCCGAGGCUCGCGAGGCGAGACGACCAACGAAGUCCUUCUUCGCCACUGGCCCUCCUGCCGACGUUUCUCUCUCGUCUUCGCCUCUGGACUCCUCGUCUCUUCCUCAGUCUCCCUUCUCUCGUCCUCAGAGGCCUUCUUUGUCGGCAGUGCCGCCCUUUGCCUCUUUCUCUCGCUCGUUCUCCCUUGUCUCUUCGUCUUCCUCGUCUUCCUCGUCUCCCUCUUCUUUUCCAUUUUCUUCCUCUCCUUCUUCCUCUUCUUCCUCGUCUUCUUCGUCUCCCUCUUCUUUUCCAUUUUCUUCCUCUCCUUCUUCCUCUUCUUCGUCUUCUUCGUCUUCACUGCGUUAUCCGUGUUCUUCUUUUACUUCAGUUAGAGUUGUUUCCUCUGUUCCUCAUUCACCUCUUGCUUCAGGUGUCUCUCGGCGUUCUCCCUCUCCUGUGGCUGUUCGCGUUUCCUCCUCGCUCCGUCAACCAUGUUGCUCCGAGGGAAGGCGCGGAGGAAACCGAAGCCAAGUGAAUUCAGAAAAGGAGGAAAACCUCUGUGUUCGACGCGACGACUCGCGCCCUCCGAGUCCAGCACUCCCGUCUGGGGACGAGAAGAGACCAGCGCCGAAGCCAGGAGAAACCGACAUGAAACGAACCGAGACAAAAGAGGAAAGAAUAGGAAGUCUCGUCUUCACUGUGGAAGACGAUUUGGACGCUGUCUUGGAGAGUGUGCAAGCGUUGUGCGCUUCUUCUGCUCUCUCUUGCGGGGGCUCGGAGACUCGCAAAAAGCUCGGAGAGUCGCUGGGAAGGGGGCGCGUCUCUGAAGGAACGAAGACCUCCGGAACUCCUGAGCUGAGACACUGUCAACAAGAGGCGAACAGCGUCGGCUUCCAUCUCGCGCUGCCAAAUGCAGACGCUCAUCGUGGAGGACGUAGGGACGCUCUGCCUCGUGUGACUUCUCGACACCCUCAGAAAGCCUCUCUGUUCUCCCGUAAAACUGGCUCAACAGGAGAACAGAUACGUAAACGUGAGCGACAAGCAGAAGAAAGAGGAGAAAGUGGGGAACAGGCAAAGGAGAGACGAGCAAGAGGAGAUGGCGAUCUGGGAGGAAGCGAGAGGAGAGGAGAAAGCGAAGAAGGAAAGGAGGAGGAAACGACAGGGAGAGGCAAUCGAGACAGAAGGUGUGAGAGAAAGGAGGUCUCUCGACUUCUCCCUGUUCCUUCGCUCGAAGGCCUUCAGCGCAUUGCUUCCGCCUGGCUUCGAGCAUUUCAUGCAAGAGAGGCAGACGCAGAAGAAAGAGAACCAGGAGAAGCAGGAGAAGAGAGGGAGAGCAGAACCCAGGGACUUUCGGACCGCACAGACGGAGAGAAGACAGCUGUUCAUCCGGACUUCUCUACACACAAAGAGAGUCCUCGUGACGCGUUCCUCCUUCUCGCUGAAUCCGCCAUCGCAGAGGGCAAGUGGUUCGCUGUUCUGGACGAGCGACACGGUUCAAGAGGAAGUCGUGAGCGCGACCCAAGUCGCUCCAAGUUUCUGCCAGGUUUCUGCAUUCCUGAGGAGUUUCUCUUCCCCGUCUUUGUUGGGAGUGUCGAGGAAUCUCAAACGCGUCGCGAAACGGGUGAAGGGAGCCGCAAGGUCACCUUGGAGGCUCCGGUCUCUGCCGCAACCGUUCGCUCUUCUCCUCUCUUCCUGGCGCGCGCGCAGGCGCCAGCCUCCUCGCCUGUGACAGUCAGCCAGCUCUGUGCUGUCCUGAGUCAAUGUCCCUUCUUCGCUGCUUCAAUCGUCUAUGAAAGUAGAAGGCGCACAGUUCGCCGGACAAGCGUCCUCCAGUCUUCCUUCCAGUCUCUCGCUCUCUCUUCUUCGCUCCUCCUUUCGCCGCGCUCCCGCUUUGCCUCUCUCUCUUCUUCUCGUCCGUCUGCGUGUGAUACAUUUUUCGGGGGAGAAACGCAGGAAAAAAAGAGCGGUGCUUCUCCAGGCGUCUGUCGAGCGAAACAGGGAGAGCGCCAGGUAGAGACUGACGACGAGGAAGAAACGUUUGUCGGCAGUGUCUUCUCACAGACAGGGAGAAACAACACCCAGACCGAAGAACUCCUGGAGUCCAGUCGCCGGGAGACUGUCCCCAUUGCUCUCUGCUUGUCUUCACCCUUUUUUGGAACUUUCCUUCUUCCUCUCUCUCUCGCCACUGCUCUUCUGUCCCCCUUUUCUGCUUCAUCUUUCUCUUCGUCAUCUUUCUCUUCUUCAUCUCCCUCUUCUUCAUCUCCCUCUUCUCCAUCUUUCGCUGCUUCGUUUUUUCCUUCCUGGGGCCUUUCGCCGUUCUCCAGCGACGCAUCUCCGGCGGUUUUUGCUUCUCCGCAGAAGCCUAGGAGCCCCCAGCUCGUAGUCGGCGACCGCCAAGCGUGGUUGCGGUGUAUCGACGGCCUGGCCGCGUCGCUGGCUGGAAGAGGCGAAGAGGAGGGAAGAGCCGACGACGAAGUGAGAGGAAAGGAUUCCAAAGAAAGCGAAAAGAGUGCAGCGAGGAGGAAGGGAGCGGCGACUGAGUCGAAAUGGGGGGCGACAGAUGGAGCAGAAGAGCGAGAUUUUUUCGAGAACGACUUGCGACGAGGCGAGAGGAAGACGCCUCUCUCCCUCGCUUCCUUUCUGCAGAACGCAAAGCAUGUCUUGGAUCUGGCGCUUCCUCACCUUCUCCUGAAGCGCCGCGCUCCUGAACUGCUGCAAGAGGCGGAGGCCGAACUCCACGCUCUCCGCAAGCACGAGAGAGAAGGAGAAGAGGAAGGAAAAGACGGAGACGAAGAAAGCGAGAGCGACGAGUCGCAUCUCUUGGGGUUGUGGGGGAGCAAAGUUCUCAUCAGCGCGGCGGGAGAGAGCACGAGCGACAGCGAAGCGGCGACAACGAGAGCCAGGCGGCAACUCCACUCUUUCGACUCUUGGGAGAGAAGGCGCACGGCGUGGAUUCUCAAGGUGGCCAGGCAGCUCGUGGAGGCGGGGAAACGAGGAACGAAGUUGCAGGAGACGGACGAGAGCAAGGCGCCCAAUAGGCGAGACGCAGAACGCAGAGAAAGGCGCAGACGACGACGCAUUGGAAAAGCCGUCGUCGUCGCUAUCGAAGAGAACUGGCGGCGGAUCUGCGCGUUUGCGGUAGGGUUUCAGAGUUCUUCUUCUGAUCCUGUGAAUGUGUUUUCUUCUUUUUUUUCGACUACCAUUUACUCACUUCUGUUCGAACUCAGACUUCGAACUGAGUCGAAUCGAGAUUCACAGUAUCACCGAAACCAGUCUCCAAGUGGAGAAUACGAGGGAGGAUCGAGAGCACUGGACGUCGACGGCUCCCUUUCGUCGUUGCGUCCUCCCCUUCUCUCUGUGGAACGGAGAAUCUACACAGCAGUGCGCAGUUCGCUGUCGAGUUUCACUGGCGAUCUGCGGUGUCUGUGCAAUGGAAGUUCAAAUGUACACUCCGGACCGUUGUUCGUGGAAGAGCCUCCAACGGUCGCUUUCUUUUCUUCGAAUGUCUCGACGCCGCGAGCUUCAUGUCUUCUGCAAUCGACGCUGGAUACUUUCAUCGCACCCAGUGUCUUCCACCGCAGCAUGCAUCUGACUGUCGCACAGAGACUCAAAAGUGAAGACAUGAAAAUAGCCUUGUUGAUGCAGGUAGUCGCCGAGAAACUCCGCCGACACGGCCUUCUUGAGGUGUAUGUACACCUGGAGGCGCCCCUGACGCGAGCAGUCGAGUCGAUGGCGCGACGGGGCCUUCCUGUCGAUUCUGGAUAUCUCCACAGCCAAGCCGACCGGCUUCGGCGACUCCUCCACGCGAUUCAGGGACAUGUGUGCCGCCUCGCAGGCUGCUCGGUCGACCUCUUGGACGAAGAGAGUCUGCUGAAUCUGCUGCUGCAUGUACAGCAGAACUUGUCUCACACUCACUUCUCGCAGCCGAUUUCCUCCGUCCUUCUCCACCCUCUGUGCGUCCACGACUCUCCAGGACUCUGCAGUUCCCCGCGGGAGAGAGACGGAACUGACGGCCAGGUGGAGGGAAGAAGAGGAGGCGAAAGUCGAGGAAAGGAGACGCCAGAGCGGGGAAGCGAAGCUGCGCGGAGAGCAGAAGACCCGAGAAGGACAGAAGAUGAACAAAGAGCGCGGCGGCGCGGCCAGGAGUCGACGGCGACAGUCACCGGCGAGCGAGAGCUCAAGACGACGAAGUUCCUCCCGUCUUUCCUUUCCGCGGGCGAUGGAUACCUGUCGGAAGAACUAACGAGGCUCGCUGUGACCGUGUUGAGGGAGAAGAAGCUUUCUGACAACUUUCUCUCCUGCUGCAACUUUCAGGACUUUGACGACACAGAAGACUUCCUCGCGACGCUUCUGCGUCGCCUCGACCCCUUCUCCCCCUUUGCGACCGCCCUCCGCGCGUUUUUUCAGGUGUACGUACACCUCGCGGCUGUCGAGGCGCUUCUCAGUGACACGCGGCUCCACACCGUUCGCCGCGCGGGGGGACCCAUUUUCUGCGGCUGUUCACGCUCGUUCGCGUCCACCUCGGUUCACAGCAACGCGCGAGCACAGAAGAAAAUGAGAAGCGACAGCGGCCAGAGGAAGGCGGAAAAGGAGAGCGAAGCACAGGAGCGAGACGAGAGAAGGAAGGCGGAAGGACUGAGAAGCGCUGAGAGAGAGGAACGUCAAAGGAGAGACUGUGGAGAGAAGUUCAGAUUCGAAUGGCGACUGCCAGUGAAGAUUCAAGAGUGGGGAAAUGCUGUAGGGCGUCUCUUGCCUGAGCAUCCCUUUCCUCUCCGGCAACUUCACUCGCGUUUGCAUGCGUCUUCGGCUGCGGGUGCUUCUCAGCUGCGCCUCCCCCGACAGCGAACUCUGCAGGAAGACUGGGACGCGUUUCUGCUCUCGACUCGCACCUCUGCAAGUCGCUCUUUCUGUGGUGAGGAUCAACAGAGCUUCCGUCGACUUUUUCCAUUUCUCGUUCUGCCCCGGGGAAGAAACAAAGACGCGUCAGUCUCUUCUCUCUCUUGUUCUCUCUCCACAUCCUCAAACGACGCUGUUCUCGAACCGAGAGGUCCGCAACAUCCACCUUGUUGUCAAAAUUCGUCCUCUUCUUCCUUCUCUUCUGCAUCGUCUUUCUCUUCCUCGUACUACUCCCCCAUUACUUCUGCCUCCUUCUCGCCUCCUUGUUCCUCUGCCUCUCCGGCCUCUUUCAUGUCCUCCUCGCCUUCUUCCGCCUUGCCUUCCCCUUCUUCUCUCUCUGCUUCCUCUUGCCUCUCGUCUGCCAGUUCUGCUUCCUGUUCGGCUGCGGCUUCGCUUGAGCUUCACUCGUGGAUAGAUCCCCAUCUCGCCGACCCUCUCGCGCAGGCGUCGCUGCGAGGCCUGCGCGGGAAGCCGCCGUCCGUGUCGCCACGGGGAGCAGCAGAGAACGUCGCCGAGAGAGGCCGACAGGGCGACGGAGCGAGAGCCGCAGACGGUCCGUCGGCCUCUCGCCGAGCAUGCAGCGGCGACUCUCAAGGGACUUCGCCUUCGGUUUCAUGCCGGGAGCGAACAGAGGGGGGAGAAGAGAGUGACCGAGCGAGCGGCGGGGAUGGAGACGGGGACGCAGCGGAGAAAUGUGGAGAGCGAGCGAGUAAGGCGCCCACGAAGAAAGACGUUUUCGAUCUGUUGGGGAUUCCGCUUGUCGGCCCAGAUCGGGAACCUGUUCGGGUGUACGUACACCCUGUGCGGCCGGCAAGCUGCAGAAGGCCUCAAGCCGCGGCCGUCUCGGAGUGCAGCAAGGAAACCGAGAGCGCGAAGCAGGCAUUCCAGGUCAGUGGCGCGAGUCGUCUCGAGCUCUGCAUGCGUAGGCAAAAGCGAGUGCGAAGCUCCAGAGCCGCAGAGGAGAGACUUGACCAAGAUCGAAGCGAAGCCGCAGGGGCAAGAGAAGAGCGGAAAAAGGAAGAAGAACGCGAAUGCGAAGAACGAGAAGCCGGAUGUGAAGGAGACAGAACAGGGGAUGCAUCCACCUGUCGUCGAAUGUGGGGAGAGGCGUUUCUUCUCUCUGUGUCGGUCGCCGACCGGAGAGUGGAGAAGCACUGUUGCAAGUCCUCUCCUUCCUCCAGUCUCCUCGCUGCUCCUCGCGUUUCUCCUCCUCUGUUCAGAGGAGAGACAGGCGAAGCAAGAGAACAGGAAACACACGCUGGAGGACAGAGAGGAGAUGGAUUGCGCCGAAACUCAAAGCAACGCCGUGUGACACUGGAGGCGAAAGUUGUCUUUAUUCAUGACCUGAAACGCUUUGGAAAGUCCCUCUCUGCGGCCGGGAGACAGUCCAGCCGGACGCGUCUCGAAGCGACGGAACUGCAGGAAGGCAAAGAGGCGCAGGUGCGUCAGAGAGAACUCCAUAGCGCUUUAGAAGUCGACAAAUUUCAGCAGUCUUCAGACGCCGCCUCUGAGCAACAGAGACACAAUUCGCAGUGGCACACCUCGCUGGCGCCGGCGCACGAGCGCGAAGCGAAAAGAAAACGAGAAGAAGAAGAAGAGGAAAAAUUGCAGAGAAGAUCCAUUUUGGAAUGGAAAGAGAACGUCGUUCACUGGUUCCCUGCCUCUCGCGUGUCGCGACUAGACGCUCCUUUGAUUCUGACUUCUCCCAAAAGGAAAAAUGUCGUCUGCGCUCGAAGAGGAGAAGAAGAAGAAGGAGAGAAAGAAGAAGAACAAGAGGAAGAAGAACAAGAGGAAGAAGAAGAAGAAGGAAUAGAUCUUCGGGAUAUUGUGGUGGCCAGUGAAGGCCGGUUGCUGAUGGCGGUGGAAGUUGAAUUUCUCGAGCGUUUGUGUCUGCAGCUUCUUGUCUUCACGUAUUUUGCGCGUUCUCCGCCUUUGCAAAGACUCGUCAGUUCGCUCUUUGUCGUGUCGCCUUCUGCUGCGGGUGAAAGAGAGAGAAAAGAAGACCUCUCCUGUCUCUCGUCUCUGCUUCGCUCGCUCCUCGCUUCUUCGUCGCCGUCCGAGACGCCUCUGCAGCCUCCCAGCAAAGAAAAUCGACAUGGAGGAAACCGACGCGAAGCCUUCUUCACUCAAGUUCUCGGCGACGCGCUGCGCCAGUGGCCAGACACGGCUGUGGAGGCGCCUUUCUCGGAUGCCAGGACGCUCGAAUGGAGUCCAGAGAGCCAUGUUUUUCUGCAGACAACGCGACAGCUCAUCGCUUCGAAAAAGCGGACAGAAGGCGUUUCUCAUCGCAAGCGCCUCUCCCGCUGGCGGCAAGUCGUCAGAGCAGCUGAAGCAGAAGCUGUCAAGUGCAUGCUGCUGGCGCUGAUGCGCGAAGAAGACACGGGAGACGGCAGCGAUGAAGUAGACAAGGUCGGAGACAGUGGAGACGAGCAAGAACUAGAGUCUCUGGGUGUCUCUGUCUCGCCGUCGUCAUCGCAACGAAACAGAAACUGUUUUUACGUGUAUCCUCUUCUGCCUCUCUCCAACGGGAUCGUCCUGGAGGUCUGCGCAACUCACCAAGAAGCGAUCAGUCGACAGGUUUGUGCGUGCGUCGCAACUGCGCUCCGGCCGCUGCUCUUCUUCUCGGCUACGCCGUUCUCUUCCGCCUCUGGAGGAGUGAAUACGCAAGAUGCCCGAAACGGCGGACAGAAACAGAGCGAGGAACUCGUGGAAGGAAGAACGAACGACUUCGGACGCGUGCAGACAGCGCAGAGGCUAGGCGGUUUCGACUUCGCUGGUGGAAGCAGAGACACCCCCCGCAGAGAGAAAGAGUCUCCAAGACAAAGAAGCGGCUGUGAACGAGAGAGAAAGAAUUGGGACAGCCGAGACAGAACCAGUGAAUCUCGGCAAAAGUGCUCUUUUCCAGUUACCACUCGCUCCGGGGUCUCUUGGCGCGCGAUCAGUGGAAGCGAGCAGUGAAAAAAAAAUCUGGAGGGUGUCAAGGGCAGGCAAAAGUUUCCAAAAAUCAGAAAGAAGUAAACACGUUAAACAACG